GUGUGGCUCAGGCUCAGGGCCUGAGGGCCCAGGGCCUAGGCCUGGGCCUGGGCUCAGGGCUCAGGGCCUGGGGUCCAGGGCUCAGGGCUCUGUGGGCUCAGGGCUCAGUGGUCCAGGGCCUAGGGCCCGAGGGCUCCAGGGCCUCAGGGCCCAGGGCUCAGUGGCCGAGGGCCUAGGCCUAGGUGGCUCAGGGCCUGGCCUGUGGGCCUCAGGGCCUCAGGGCUCAGGGCCUGGUGGCUCAGGGCCCAGGGCUCAGGGCCCAGGGCCUGUGGGCCUGAGGUCCAGGGCUCAGGGCCAGUGGCCUGUGGCCCAGGGCUCAGGGCUCAGUGGCCAGUGGCUCAGGGCUCAGUGGCCCAGGGCUCUAGGGCUCAGGGCUCAGUGGCCUAGGGCUCAGGGCCUGGCCCAGGGCUCAGGGCCUAGGGCCCAGGGCCUGGUCAGGGCCUCAGGGCCUGUGGCCUGUGGCUCAGGGCUCAGGGCUCAGUGGCUCAGGGCUCAGUGGCCUGAGUGGCUCAGUGGCUCAGUGGCCUGUGGCUCAGUGGCUCAGUGGCCUGUGGCUCAGUGGCCCAGGGCUCAGUGGCCUGUGGCUCAGGGCCUAGGCCUCAGGGCCCAGGGCUCGGCUCAGGGGCUCAGUGGCCUGUGGCCUGGGGGCUCAGGGCUCAGGGCUCAGGGCCUAUGGGCUCAGUGGCCUGGUGGCUCAGUGGCCUGUGGCCCAGGGCCUAGGCCCAGGGCCCAGGGCCCAGUGGCCCAGUGGCCUGGGCCCAGGCGCUCAGGGCCUCAGGGCCCAGGGCCUGGGGCCUGGUGGCCUGGCCUGUGGCCUGGGCCUCAGGGCUCAGGCCCAGGCCUAGUGGCCUCGGGGCCUGGUGGCCCUGGGCCCAGUGGCCUAGGUCUAGGGCUCAGUGGCCCAGGGCUCAGGGCUCCAGGGCUCAGGCCCAGGGCCUAUGGGCCCUGGGCCUGUGGCUCAGGGCCUAGGCCCAGGGCCUGUGGCCUAGGCCUAGGGGCUCAGGGCCUAGGGCUCAGUGGCCUGGUGGCCCAGGGCUCUAGGCCCAGGGCUCAGGGCCUAGGCCUAGGGCUCCUGGGCUCAGGGCCUAGGGCUCAGGGCCCAGGGCUCAGGCCUGGGCUCAGGGCUCUGGGGCUCAGGGGCCCAGGGCCUGGUGGCCUAGGGCUCAGGGCCCAGGGCUUCAGGCCUGGGCUCUGGGCCUGGGGCCCAGGGCCUGUGGCUCAGGGCCCAGGGCCUGUGGGCUCAGGGCUCAGGGCCUGUGGCCUGUGGCCUCAGGGCCCAGGGCUCAGGGCCCAGGCCUGGUGGCCUCAGGGCUCAGGGCUCCGGCCUAGGGCCCAGGGUGGCUCAGGGCCUGUGGGCCUGGUGGCCUCAGGGGCCUCGGGGCCUAGGGCCUGGGGCCGAGGGCUCAGGCCUCAGGGCCUCAGUGGCCCAGGGCCCAGGGCCCAGGGUCCAGGGCUCAGGGCCCAGGCCCAGGGCUCGUGGUCCAGGGCCUCAGGCCUGGUGGCCUGUGGCUCAGGGCUCGAGGGCCGAGGGCUCAGGGCCUCAGGGCCUGGGGCUCAGGCUCAGGGCCUAGGCUCAGGCCCAGGGCCCAGGGCUCAGUCAGGGCCUAGGGCUCAGGGCCUCAGGGCUCAGGGCCCGAGGGCCUCAGGGCUCAGGGCCUGGGCCUCAGGCCUGGGGCCUGGUGGCUCUAGGGCCCAGGGGCCUGAGGGCUCAGGGCCAGGGCCUGUGGCUCAGUGGCCUAGGCCUGCCUCAGGCCUCAGUGGCCUAGGGCCUAGGCCCAGGGCCUGUGGCCCAGGGCCUGCAGGGCCUAGUGGCCCAGGGCCUGGGCCCAGGGCUCAGGGCCGUGGCCUGUGGCCUGUGGCCUGGGGCCUCAGGGCCUCAGUGGCCCAGGGCUCAGGGCCUGGGCCUAGGCCCAGUGGCUCAGGGCCCAGGGCUCAGGCCUCAGGGCCUGGGGCCUGUGGCCUGUGGCCUGGUGGCCCAGGGCCCAGUGGCCCAGGGCCUGUGGCCUGGUGGCCUGUGGCUCAGGGCCUGUGGCCUGGGCUCAGGCCUAGUGGCCUGUGGCCCAGGGCUCUGGGCCUGUGGCCCGGGCCCAGGGCUCAGGGCCUGGGCUCAGGGCCUAGGCCUAGUGGCCCAGGGCCUAGGCUCAGGGCCUAG